GGCGCGCAAAGGGGGGACCCAGCAUGGAGAAGAGCGCCAGCUGCGAGAGCCUCGCCUCCAAGCCGGCGCCGGCCGCCACCCGCCAGCCGAGUAUCGAUUCCCUCUCCAGUGCUUCCACCUCUCACUCGGAUCAUUCGACACAUACAAAAUCUGCUUCAGUCGUCUCGUCGGAUUCUGUCUCUACCUCUACAGAAAACUUUUCUCCAGAUUUAAGGGUUCUCAGGGAAUGUAACAAAUUGGCUGAAAUGGAGGAACCUCCUUUGCUCCCAGGAGAAACAAUUAAGGACAUGGCAAAAGAUGUUACUCACAUCUGCCCAUUUACUGGUGCUAUUAGAGGAACGUUGACUGUCACAAAUUACAGGCUAUACUUUAAAAGCAUGGAAAGGGACCCACCUUUUGUUCUAGAUGCUCCUCUCGGAGUUAUCAACAGGGUCGAGAAAAUUGGAGGGGCUUCCAGCCGUGGUGAAAAUUCGUAUGGUUUAGAGAUUGUAUGUAAGGAUGUCCGGAACCUACGUUUUGCCCAUAGGCCUGAGGGGCGUACAAGAAGAUCCAUAUUUGAGAACUUGACGAAAUACGCGUUUCCAGUCUCAAAUCAUUUGUCUCUUUUUGCAUUUGAAUACAAAGAGGUUUUCCCAGAAAAUAGCUGGAAGGUUUAUGAUCCUGUUCUGGAGUAUAAAAGACAGGGGAUUCCUAAUGAAAGCUGGAGAAUCACGAAGGUCAACGAACAGUAUGAACUUUGUGAUACGUAUCCUGCCCUUCUUGUGGUUCCUGCCAAUAUUCCAGAUGAGGAAUUGAAGAGAGUGGCUGCCUUCCGAUCAAGGAGUCGAAUACCGGUCUUGUCAUGGAUUCAUCCAGAAAGCCAAGCCACCAUUACUCGCUGCAGCCAACCAAUGGUUGGAGUGAGCGGCAAACGGAGCAAAGAGGAUGAGAAAUACUUGCAGACGAUCAUGGACUCCAAUGCACAGUCCCACAAAAUAUUCAUCUUUGAUGCCAGACCAAGUGUCAAUGCUGUAGCCAACAAGGCUAAAGGAGGAGGCUAUGAAAGUGAGGACGCCUAUCAGAAUACAGAGCUUGUCUUCCUAGAUAUCCAUAAUAUCCAUGUUAUGAGAGAGUCCUUGAGAAAACUAAAGGAGAUUGUAUAUCCCAACAUAGAAGAGACUCAUUGGCUGUCUAAUUUGGAAUCAACUCAUUGGUUAGAACAUAUCAAGCUGAUUCUUGCAGGUGCUCUUCGGAUAGCUGACAAGGUGGAAUCUGGGAAAACCUCUGUGGUUGUGCAUUGCAGUGAUGGUUGGGACCGAACAGCCCAGCUCACGUCUCUUGCUAUGCUCAUGCUGGACGGCUACUAUCGGACCAUACGAGGGUUUGAAGUGCUGGUGGAGAAGGAAUGGCUGAGUUUUGGGCACAGAUUCCAGCUGAGAGUAGGCCAUGGUGACAAGAAUCAUGCCGAUGCAGACCGCUCUCCUGUUUUUCUCCAGUUCGUUGACUGUGUCUGGCAGAUGACAAGACAGUUUCCCACAGCCUUUGAAUUCAACGAGUGCUUUCUGAUCACAGUUCUGGACCACCUCUACAGCUGUCUGUUUGGGACAUUCCUGUGUAAUAGUGAGCAGCAGAGGGUGAAGGAGGGUCUUCCAAAAAAGACAGUGUCACUCUGGUCCUACAUAAAUAGCCAGCUCGAAGACUUCACCAACCCCCUGUAUGCCAGCUACACCAACCAUGUUCUGUAUCCUGUAGCCAGCAUGCGCCAUCUAGAGCUGUGGGUCGGGUACUACAUCCGGUGGAACCCACGGAUGAAACCACAGGAGCCGGUGCAUAACCGUUACAAGGAACUUCUGGUGAAACGAGCUGAGCUUCAAAAGAAAGUUGAUGAACUACAGCGAGAAAUUGCCAACCGCUCCACUUCGUCCUCUGAAAGAGCUGGCUCUCCUGCACAAUGUGUAACUCCAGUCCAGACGGUUGUAUAACGCAGUGUGUCCUGCCUCCAGAACCUUGCUGUAAGGCAGCUUUUCUAGAAAAGAAGGCUUACAAGAGAAAUUUCUGAACUUAGAAGGCAGACCUCUGGAGUCUUAAACACUCUAUUUAUUGAACAGCCACCCUCCGGGUUAUUUUGCUAGGGCUGUAACACUACAGGAAACAAAUGCUUAUUUAUUUAAUUUUUUUUUAAAUGGCUUCUCAUAUAAUUAAACUUCUUGAGGGCUAAUUACAACAAAACUAGCUAUGUAGCCUUCCAAAACAAAAGGAGAACAUUUUUUAAAGUUGCACUCAAGAGCUUAACCAGCUGUUUUUGCUUUGGACUCCUGCUCACACUGGAAUCAUACAAACAGGAAAGCAAGUGGCCAGAAUUGGGGGAACUCUAGAUGUGUGGGGCAAGGCUUUGCGUCAACAAUCUGCUCCCCCAAAUUCAGAUGAAUGCUGUGGGUUGUGGCACAAUAUAAAAGACCUGUGUCAUAGGUCUUUUAUUUCUUCCUUAGAAAUCCCAGUGCAUGAGUUCUUGUGUAUACUUAGAAUCUCUGGCCAUUGUCAACGAAGGGCUUUUGUGUCUUGUCUCCCAUAAUGCAGAGCUGGUGAAGAGGCUGCCCCCCAGCUGUUGUUCAACUCAAUCUGCUAGUGAUGAUGGAAACUUGAGUCCACUAUCAUCUUGCAGGGCCACCUGUUCCCCAUUUCUGCCAUUGUGGAAGAGAACAGCUUCUGAGCAGAGGCAAUCCAGUAACCUGAAUCUUGCCAUGUUCAGUCGCUAGUGGAAGGGGCGGAUAGACCUCUAGUGUUUAUAUAGAUUCCACUAGCAAAAAUGGCAACUUUCUGUAUGCUGUACAUGUGUCAUCUUUGUGUGAGUAUGAAGGAAACGCAGCAGGGAUACACUCUGCAUGAAGAGGAUCUUCUCUGCCAUGACGAACCAACGUGGGCAGCUGGUAGCUAGCCUGGCCAAUCUGAGACCCAACAGCAUCAGCUUGCAAGCAUUCACUCAGCUGGGAUUUAACAGCAGAAAACUAAACACUUUCCAGACUUUAAACGUCUGUGUCUUAAACUAAAAGCUGACCUCCUGCCUUUUUGUUUAAAAACAUGCCCAACCAAGAGAGAAUGUUCCCAUCUUAAUAGGUCCAGUUACUUUUUGCCAGGGAUGACCCAAACUGUCCUGCUGUCUGAACUGAAAGGAAGAGGAACCCUGUCACUUUUCCCACUUUCCUGCCCUUCUGCUUCCCAGCUGUGUAAAAAAAAAAAAAUUAGUGGCAACCUGGCUAGUUUUCCUUCCUUACAUAGGAGUGAGCAGGAGAGAGGUCAUGUGAGGACAGACACAGAGGUGACAACGGGUGGGUGGGACAGGACAUGAGGCAACUUCAGCUGGAACUUUCCGGAAAGGGAGAACUGUGCAAAUGCUCAUUGGAAGUGUUCUACAGCUGAAGGGAGGCCUCCUCGCUCUGCCCAACAGUAGGGCUGGCCCUGCUAUUUGCUAGCAAUUCAUUGUAAAAUAGUUAACCUUUUUGUUGUUGUUGUUGUUAAUGCAAUGCCUUAUUUUAAUUGGGGUGGGAGAAGUGUUAUUGAACAUGUUAUUGAAUGUUAUUGAGUGUUAUUGAACAUGUAUUCAGCAGGCAUUCUAUAUUAUACCUAUUUCUCACUUUCUUUGAGAUAAGGCACUCUCCCUCCUCUGCCUUCUUAUACAGAGGGCCUUCAAAAUAAAUUAGACAGUGCCUCCUCUCAUUGCCAACCAUUAGCCAUGGCGAGUUGCAGUCCAAAAAAUUGUCCGGAAGGCACCAUCUCAGGGUAGACGCUUCAGCCUGAUAACUUUAAUCACAGCAACUGUCUGUCACUAGAACACUAAUAAUCAUGCAGGCUGCCGCCUAUGUACUUUGCCUCCGAUCCUUUCCUAGCCAUUUGGCUUUCUUUCAUUUUCCAGCUAUUCUUGGUGAAUAAUAAGUGCUACAAAGCUGGCACAGAAGGGAAACUCUGUUCUUUUGUGACACUGAAAGGGGGUCAAUGAUUUAAUUUUGAAAAGGCUGCCCUCUAGACCCCAAUUAGAAGAGCAGCUUUAAAUAAGUUAACUUUUCUACACUGGGUAUGUCAAAAUAUUAUGGCUGCGUUGUGAAGUUGUGGCAGGUGAUUGGUGUUAACUUUGCUUUCUGACAGCCUGGUAUCUAUUGUUUGGUGGCUCUAUCGUGUUGUGGCAGUGAGCUGAAAAGAGUAUAUUGUGUCUUGGAGAGUCAGGGGAAGUUGCUGCCCUCCUGUGCUCCCAUCAGUGUACAGACGUGGGUCUCCGCAAAGACAUGCUCAGGAUACUAAAUCUACACAUCAUGAAGUUCCAUCUGCCAUACUAAAGAAGCCAAUAUAGUUUUUGGUAAGCAAGUGAAGAGGGAACACAACACCACUGCUUAUGACUGCUGGAAAAGCACAGCAAACCAUUCCCAAGCAAAUUCAUCGCUCCAGUCUGAUACAGUGUGUCUGUAGAUAGCUAUGCAGGUAAACCAAACAGAUAUUUCCUGAAAGCUAUAACAUCUUUCCUACAACUAAAAGAAACCAGAGGUCACAUGAGAUCAGCCUGUCUUUUCCAUCACAUGUUCUCAAGCCGACUAGAGUGGUCGUAUAGACCAGAUGGGCGGGAUACAAAUCAAAUAAACAAGUAC